GGCAGGCUCCCGGUGCGCCCCUUCAGCUGCUGUGUGCUACAGCUAGCCUGCCCGUAGCCUUCACCGAACCCGGCUGCUAAUUCUGGCCGUGUACAGCGACCGAGCCUCCGCCCCCUCCUCCGCGUUCAAGUCCGUCCACCUCACUCCUCCGCCGGGCGCUCAUGCACCGCGGCGUCCGCUUCGCCACCACCGCGCAUGCAGCCCGGUCUGCCGCCGCCUCCUCCGCCGCCGCCGCUGGCUCCGGGAGGUGUUGUUGUGGUGGUGGUCGCGAGCAGUCGCGCUAGUCUCGAGGCAGCACCGGAGGAGCGGCGGGUUUGCGGAGAGGAGGAGAACAAGAAGGAGAAGCGAGGGGGAGAGGGGGAACGGCGGAGAAAGCCAUUGGAGUCGUUGCUUAUUUAUUUAUUUGUUAUCGAUUACCUCGUGGAUGUGCGUGGGGACUAAUCUGUGAUGCUGCCGUGCUGCGGGGUCCGCGCCGGACUGGACCGGGACCACCGGUGCUAAGGAAGGUCAGAUUGCAGGGGACCGUUGGAGAGACACCGUCACGUGACCCCCGGUACCAAAUGGUCUUCCGGCAGUGGUUUUCAACAAGGACCGGAGCACCAGCAGACGCCGCCACUUCUCUCAGAAAUGCAGAAGACCACGUACUACGACAACUCCUCGACGCUCUUCGGUGGCUACUCGUCCUACCAGGUGCAGGGGGCGGCAGCGGCGGCAGCAGCAGCCGCCAACGGCUUUGGGGGCUAUGAUGCCCCGGUCCCAGUGUCCCACCACCAGCCGGCCUUCCAGUCGGCGACCCAUCUGGAUGUGGAUUCGUACCAGCGCUCUGCCUGCUCUUUACAGUCGCUGGGCAGUAACAGUGGCCACCAGCAGCAGCAGCAGCUAGCCAAGACCAAGGAGCUGAAUGGCAGCUGCAUGAGGCCCAGCCUGCCACCUGAGCACCACCCUGGCUCCCAAGUGUCCCCUCCACUACCCCCCAACCCCAACAACGGUAAUACAGGGGCUCAGCAGCCGGGGGGCAGCAAUGGGGCCUCCUCAGCCUCCAAAUCAGCCCCCAAUAAGUCCUCUAAUUCCUCCUCCUCAACAUCCUCCUCCUCCUCUUCACUGCCCCCGAACCCAACCAUGGCCAAGCACAUCUUUCCCUGGAUGAAAGAAAGCCGCCAGGCGACCAAGCAGAAAAACGGUUCACCCAGCAACAACUCUGGCAACGCAUCAGGAGGAGCUGAAAGUGGAAGCAGCGGUGAGAAGAGUCCUACCAGCGGGUCGUCAGCGUCAUCUAAGCGGGCUCGUACGGCGUACACCAGCGCCCAGCUGGUUGAGCUGGAGAAGGAGUUUCACUUCAACCGCUACCUGUGCCGGCCACGGCGCGUGGAGAUGGCCAACCUGCUCAACCUCUCUGAACGCCAGAUCAAGAUCUGGUUCCAGAACCGACGCAUGAAGUAUAAGAAGGACCAGAAGUCCAAGGGCCUGAGCUCCAGCUCUGGUGGACCCUCACCGACCGGCUCCCCGCCCCUGACCAUGCAGUCUUCCGCCAGCUUCCUCAAUUCAAUACACCCCAUGGGUGGGGGAGGGGGGUCAGGCUAUGAUGCCCCAUCUCCACCAUCUUUUGGCAAGCCCCACCAGGGAGUGUCUUACUCCAUGUCCACUGCCUACUCCAACGUCCCCAUGAAGGGCUGCCCCUCCCAGCAGAAGUACGGCGCCCCAGACCCAGACUAUGGUGACCCCCAUCCCCACCACAGCCUAGUGCAGGCCACCAAUGCAGGCUAUGGGACUCCCACCAACAUGCAGGCCAGUCCAGUCUAUGUGGGGGGUGGCAGCUAUGUGGAACCCAUGCCUGGCUCGGGGCCCUCCAUUUAUGGGCUAAACCACCUAGGCCCCACACCACCCCACCAUCAAACAAUGGACUACAAUGGCGGAGGGGCUAUGUCAGCCGCCAACCAGCACCACGUGGGUGGGGGGCCCCCCCCGGGUACCUGUGACCCACCCACACACCCCACAUACACUGAGCUGUCAGCGCACCACACCUCGACUCAGGGCAGAAUCCAGGAAGCACCCAAGCUCACUCACCUGUAGCAGGUUUGGAAAAAAAAUGACAACGUAGGAAAUAGUGAAGUUGACACAGAUCAAGUAACACGACGCGACUCACUAACAGACUAACUAACAUGUGGGGACUGUACUGCUGCCAUGGGACGACAGGGGAGACAAAACAAGACAGACUGAAGACAUCCCGUGGUUUGUCCUGUGCUCUACAGUCAGAAAGGGGGGCAAUAAACCCCACCCUGUAUCCACUGCCUUCAUAAAGAGCCCCAUCAAGUCCGAUCAGGGCCAGGGCUUUCGCUGUUUCCUUCAAAGUGCAGACAAUUUAAUUGCAGUAAUUUUACCCAAACCAUAAACUAUUCAUGCUGACACAAAUUUGCUCUAAAUGAGGAAUAGCACAUUUCAUUUAUUAGAGGACGUUGUCUGUGAUUUAAAUUCUUCAUUUCAGAUCCGUUGAUUCCUUUGUUACCAAUCCUCACAUGAACCCUUUUAUAGAAAUAUUGUCCCUACUCCGAGUGUGUGACUUGUGAAUCACUCUGUAGGCAGGGGAGAGAAGGUGCACAGUCACUUGUUCCCAGUGCUCCCCUGAGAACAGUAAAGCUCCUCUUGGGGCACUAGUGCAGAGGCAUCACCGACAGCAUGAUUCUAAUAAUACGACUGCACAGUCAGUCUGAAAACUCCCAAUAUUAACUAUGGAAUAUUCCAAAAAGCUUUUCGUGAAAACAUUAUUCAAAUAACAUCUAAAUUAGAGUACUUUACUGUGUUAUGUUUUAUAUUUACAUUACUAGGGAAAAUAUUGGAAACAUAAUUAUCUACUAGUGAUAAAACCCAUCCUCCAUGGAUAUCUAAUACAUUACUGGACUUUACCGGACAAUUGUUGCAGUUCAGCUAUAGCAUUGAGUAAAAAAAAGCCCAUAAUGGCUGUGUUAGAGCUAUACGUGGUGUAAAAUUAUACAUUGAUAAUAAAAUCUCCCCCCUAAGACACACAUACACAAACAGCUCUCCCGCCUGGUAAAUGAAAUAGUUGGGAUUUUAAUGGGCAGUUAACGAGGUGGUUAGAUUUAUGGCGCUGAGCUCUCUCCCCCCCAGGCAACACAUGUUGUUGUCAGCCGAGCUGAGCUAUGUGGAGGGCCCUGCCUCUCCAUCAGCCGCAGAGGAAGAGCAGAAAUAUGUAUGUCUGAAGCUGGUCUUCUUCUGGCUCAUCCCCCCCCCCCACCAGAUUCCACAGAGCACAUAAAACCACUGGAUGGUCCUCCCUUCACUGUCUCUUUUUGUCUCACCCGUCGUACCUGUUUCUGUCAGACAAGACUCAAUCACAAGUAACCCACUGUCUCCUGUCUGUAGCAGCAGCACAUGGCUUCUGAAGGAGGCAGAAAAUAGCCCCCCCAUACACACACACACACACAUACACACACACACACACACACAGCCUCACACAUCCAUCACCGCACAUGCACUCACCACCACCUCCAUCACUCUUAACAGGGUUUAUGAAGCUACAAGCUCAAAGGCUAAGCUAGCUCCCAUAGAGACAUAUGUGGGUCAAGCUAUGUUGGCUAAUCACACGUUCGCACAUGCACACGUAGCAGUGCUAAGCUAGCUUCCUUUCAUUGACACACACAGCCAGGUUUGCCAGCUGUUGACAUCUUCAAACAAACACACAAGAGGACAUGGAAGAGACAUUUUUAAAUGUUCUUAUUUUAGCACAUGAGUGACACAGGGUAACUAAUAAGAGUGGAGAACACUAUUUAUUUAUGUUGGGGUAAGUCAUUGCCCUCCUCUCUCUCUCUCUCUCUCUCUCUCUCUCUCUCUCUCUCUCUCUCUCUCUCUCUCUCUCUCUGGAAGGGUUCAAUGACAUUAGCGCCACACCAUUGCGCAAAAGUCCACAUUUUGUAUUGUUUUUUUUGUUCUGUUCUCACAUAUCUUUCACUUUUAACGUGGAUACAGGGUAUAUAUUUGAACAAAAAUGCAUGUCCCAGGAAUAUGAGAUGGUGUGUAUCACACAUUUUUAAAAACAACUGGUUUCGUUGGUCUGAAUGGUCAGUGAGUGCAGUGUGGGGCAGCACACACUACAGCCCUGUGCAAAACAAUUAGUAACAAGCUGCACUGCACUCACUGAUGUUCACAAAGUGAACUAGUGGUUUUUAAUAUGCAGAUUCGUACACAUGCUUUUCACAUCGGGGCAUUAUUGUUGCACUUAGAGUUUACAUUUUGAUGGGUAAAGGUAAAAAGAAAAAUAAUAAAAUCUUAUUUUGAAGACGGAAGGCCCUCCAAUCAAAGCGUCUUUCGCCAAUGUGUGUUCAAGUGAACAUUCAUAUCUAAAUAUUUAUUUGUUAUAGCCAGUUUAAAAAGACUUUCUGUUUUGUAUUAUUAUUUAUCCUUCAUGUAUUUAUAUCGAGAAAAAAUACUGUACUUUUUUAGUAUUUACCUGUUAUGAAAGAAAAAAAAAAAACAACGUUGUUUCUUGUCCAUUGUACUGAAGUUAAAUUUUUUAGUUCUUGUAUUUUAGAAGAAAAUAAGUAGUUUUUAUGUUCCUAUAAUGACCCUUGUACAUAAAUGUCUUGGCUUGUACAAGGAAAAGGUAAGGAUGGGGAUUGGUGACCCACCCUUGCAUAGUCAGAAAAGUUAGACAAACUAUUAGCUGGAAAAAAAGUCUUUUUGGAGAAAAAAACAAACUUCUUUCUUUGUCAUUUGUAGCUCGCUUUUCUUUCACUGUUGAGAGAGUUGUCUGUCGAGCAAUUCUUUAAUAAAAGGUUAUGUUAUUCAGA